UCCUAAAUUUUGGUUCUUAUGAAAAAAAUCCCAUCUAAGGAUUUAUUAGUUUUUGGUUAGUCUUGGAUAUCCGGAAUAUAGGUAUUUACUUAUGGGACAUACGUAUAGUAUAUUAUACACAUUUUUCAAUGGACACGCCAAUCAUAAUCAAUUAAUAGGUACUGUUAAAUAUAUAACACAUACGAGUAUGUAUAUUUUUGUAUUUAAAUAUGUUAUAUAAAAGACAAUAAUAUUAUACAUAUUGUAGAAAAAUAAUUACAAAUUUGUAAAUGUAUUAAUUAGCAGCAACUAGGUGUUUAUUUCGUUAGGCGUACUAUCGGCAUAUUGGCCCCAGAUCAGACAGAAUGUUUUUCUAUAGCUUUAGCGUACAUAUUAUUUAGCUUUUGUUAAGAAUCAAAUAAAAAAUACUUACCACUGUUACUAUAAGCGACAAAAUUGACAUUUUUCGUUUACCAGGCAAGUAAGUAUUAAUUAGUGUUCCCUAAUUUGAUUUUCUAACCCUUCAUUCCAUUCUGUUUCCUCUUAUACUUUUAUUCGAAACUCUUAAUUCAACAACUCAUUAAAAUAUCGUUUCUGUCUCAUAUCAUAAUCUCUUGUCUAUAAUAAUGAUGUCGUAUACGAUUUUACGUACCACUAGCGGGUAAUAUUUAACCUAUUUUGGUUACGUCAACUGAAUAGAGUUAUUAUGGUUUAAUAGUAUUUUUAUGGUGUUAUUUAAAAUCUAUUAAAAGUCCCUUAAUUAGUACAGUAUUAUUUAUAACAACGCAUACUGUAUAGUUAUAUAUAUAUAACUAUAUAUAUAUUAUAAAGAACGUUGGUGGUUAGCUACACUGCCGUAUUAAAAAUCCUUAUAAUGACGUAACGGGGUCGAUUUAAAAAAAAAAUAUAUUCAGUAAAACUACUUACAAAAAAUGAUUUCCUGAAACUAUAUGGUUUUAUUGUUGAAAAUCCGAACAAAUAUAUUUAUAAGUUUUAUUUUACUAAUGCUUGGCAUGUUUAAUUAUACCCCUUUUCUUUGAUCUCCAAAUAGAUUCUUUUAACAGACUAUAGUAUAAAAUAUAAAAUAUAUUUUCUUAUACUAUUCUCAAAAUUACAUCGAAGCAUUAUUUCAACUUUACUGCGCUAGCUUCUUAGACCUUAGUUCUUACCGCGUUGGUUAACAAUUAAAGUUUCGUUUAUAACCGUAAAUCGAAACGUCUUAAAAAAUUAUUAAGCAUUACACCGAAAUACGCUUAUACCCUAGUGUAUAUUUUUUUGUGCUUACACAUUUUUUUAAAUAUUUUAUUCUUAUUACUAGGUAUGCAACCACAAGAUACACAACAGACUAUAUCUUCGCACUAAGACAAAUAAUGUCAAAAUAUUACGAAUUUGAAAAGGAACUAAACUUGCAUUUGGUUUUUGUGGAUUACAAGCAGGCAUAUGUUAGUGUAGACAGAGAAGAGCUUUGGAAGACAAUGGUAAUUUUGGGAAUACCCAAAAGAUAUGUGAACUUAUGCUACGGGAAAACAUUUUGCAGAGUGUGCUAUUUGCAAGGCAUCUCAGAAGAAGCUGGAUAUAAACACAAGUUUUGUAUUAUAAUAUUAUGUUAAAAGUUAAUUUUAAAGAAAAUGUUGGUUAACGCUAAUAGGUUGGGAUUCAAACAAUUCUAUACCUAAUCCAAAGUAGGGUAUCCACUAGGAAACUUAAAUACGUUCCCUGCACAAAUUCUGCUUAUUCGAGGGACGUCACAAAUUUGUACAUAUUUAAGAUGUUUAAUUUAGAGUUUUGUUGCACUAUAUAUAUAUAUAUAUUUAUAUAUUUCGUUUUAAACCCGAUUACAGCAACUUGAAGCGUAUAUUAUAAACAAAAACAAUACUGUUUUAUAUUGUGUAUGGAUUUAAUAGCGUACCUACUAGUUUUAAAAUGCGUAAUUGACACUAAUCGUAUUUUCCCGACAUUAAAUGUAUUAUGGGUCUGGAAAAUCUAAAAAAAUGCAUUAGAAUAUUAUGAAAUGUUGGCCGUGACUAGCAAAUUAGUGGAAGGGCGAAAGUAUUUAACAAAGGAUUUUGUUGAAAUCUAUCCAUCUGUGUACCUAUAUAGCAGUUAGUGAUCAAGCGGUAAAUAUAAAUAUAUAUAUAUAUAUAUAUGUGUGUGUGAUUAUUGAAUGUUACGAUAUUAUUUUGUUCGCGGCUACUAAUGAUAUUAUAUUUAGUAACGAGUUUCGGAACUAUAUCGUAAACUAUUAAUUUUUAGUGGAAUUCACUUCUUUAUAGUGUUUGUAAUAGUUGUACAAUAGAGGGACUUGUUUUACAGUGGUUUUCUUUCGUAAAAAAAUGUUUUAUAUUUUCUGUUGGAUAGUAUUUUUGGUUUCAAAUUCUGAAUCAACGGAUUCUGAACAUAAUGAAAUUUGGCAAUUCAGUGAUGACCAUGCCCACGUUCUUCCUCAAAGUUACGACUUUGUGGUAGUAGGUGCUGGUAGCGCGGGAGCCGUGGUAGCUAACAGACUGUCGGAAGUGAGUGACUGGAAGAUAUUGUUGAUUGAAGCUGGCCACGAUGCAAAUUAUUUUAUGGAUUUACCAGCAGGAGCCGGAAUAUUACAAACGACGGCAAUUAACUGGAAGUAUAAAACGGUGCCAAUGAACAAUUCAUGUUUAGGAUUUGAAGAAAAGCGAUGCAAGUUUCCUAGAGGAAAAGUGAUGGGCGGAUGUAGCAUUUUGAACUAUAUGAUAUACACCAGAGGUAAUUGGAGGGAUUACGAUAAUUGGGAAAAAAUGGGCAAUCCUGGUUGGAGCUACAAGGAUGUCCUGAAAUAUUUUAUGAAAUCUGAAAAUGCUGUGCUUUCACAGCCUGAUCCAGGAUAUCAUGGUCAUAAUGGAUUAUUAUCGAUAAAUAAUGUACCUUUUAGAACUCCAAUUGCUAAAGCAUUUGUGGAUUCUGGAAACGAAAUCGGAUUACCAAUUAUUGACUACAAUGGCAAACAUCAAAUCGGAAUUAAUUAUUUACAGGCUACCAUGAAAAAUGGUCGUCGCUGUAGCACAAAUACGGCUUUUAUUAUUCCAGCAAGUAGUAGGCCAAAUUUAGAAAUUAAAAAAUCUAGCAUGGCUACAAAAAUAUUAAUAGACAAAAAAACUAAAAAAGCUAUUGGAGUUGAUUUUUUGAUCGGCCUUACAAAGUACAGAGUUUACGUUAAGAAAGAAGUAAUUGUUUCAGGCGGAGCAGUAAAUUCUCCUCAAUUACUUAUGCUCUCAGGAAUAGGCCCGCAAAAACACUUGAAAGAUAAACGUAUCCCUCUUGUAAAAGAUUUACCCGUCGGCGAAAACUUAAUGGACCAUGUAGCUCUUGGUAGUUUAACAGUUUUGAUUAAUGAUACAGUAUCUUUAAAGUCUGGCAAACUAAUGAGAAAUCCGCAGAAUCUUUUGAACUACAUGACAAAUCACAAUGGACCGUAUACAGUACCAGGCGGUACAGAAGCUCUAGCGUUUUAUGAUACUAACAAUCCAAACGACCCCGAUGGUUAUCCUAAUUUAGAAUUAUUAUUAGUAUCUGGCUUAUAUUCUUCUGAUGACAUGGUGCACACACUAUUUGGACUAAGAAGAGAUGUUUACGACAAAGUUUACAAACCAACGGAAAACAUGGACGGGUUUGUAGUACUGCCAAUGAUUAUGUUGCCUAAAAGUAAAGGGCGUAUAUCGUUAAAUGAUGCAAAUCCACUACAUCAUCCAUUGAUUGACCCUAAUUAUUUUUCGAACGAGGCUGACUUGGACGUGGCUGUUGCUGGAGUCAGACUAUUUCAAAAAAUGUUAAGAACUGAUGCGAUGAAGAAGUUAAACGCUACAAUAUUGAAUACUCCAUUGCCUGGUUGUACUCAAUACCAGUUUGAUUCAAAUGACUAUUGGAAAUGCUCUGUCAGACAAAUUAGCUUUACAGUUUAUCAUUUAUCUGGAACUUGUAAAAUGGGCCCCGUUGGAGAUCAUACAGCUGUUGUGGAUCCAAGACUACGGGUACACGGAGUAAAAGGCUUAAGGGUCAUAGAUGCCUCAAUAAUACCCGAGAUACCAGCUGCUCAUACAAAUGCUCCGGCAAUAAUGAUAGGAGAAAAAGGAUCAGAUAUGAUCAAGGAAGACUGGGGUAUGUUGUAAUUUGUUGUAACUUUUACAUACAACAAAUCUAUCUUUGUACGUUCUUAAGUGUACAUAUUUUUUUCAAUAAUUAUUUUAAAAUAAAAUUUAGUAAAAUUAUACC